CGGAACAGUCUGGUACAGUCUGAUAUAUAAGUCUGUAAUUAUAAGGAACACCGCGUUCUUGAACUAGGAUUUUCUCCUGCUGGCCAGAGAAGAUAUCUUGAGCGUUCUAUCACAGCAUCGUUUGUGCCUCUGAGCAUUGUUCUUCUACAAUCUCAUUCUACAAUCUUAAUCGACGAUCAGCAUGCAUUUUGCCCCUGUUUUUCUUGUCGCUCUGGGUGCUGGUCUGCUGGCAUUUGCAAUUCCUGUUGUUCUGACCGAUAACAUGCAAUCGCGUAUAGAAGAGAACCCCACUCAAUCGGUGCAAUUACAGGCUCGGCAUCACUCUCCAAGCUGUCAGCGUGUUUCGAGCCAUCCGUCUUCGAACCUAUCCCCAACCCAGUAUCGCAUCACAUUCAUCCCAGGUAUUGGUCUGGGUCAUAGUAGGAAUCCUAGUCGUGAUGGAGAUGAUAAGACCUCUCGACUUAUGCAAGACCUAGUUGUCUCUUGCCUGAACCAGAGAUUCGAGACAUCCGAACGAGCUCUACUAGGACAUACCAUGGCCAGAAAGUUCGAUGUCAAGAAUGCUGAUCUAUGGAAAAAUGAAUACUCCGUUCAUUCGCCUGACUCAGGACAUGUUCGAUUCCAAGUUGCGUAUGCUGACGGCGGCAACAGUCACGGUGGCGGGCAUUGCGGAAAUGCGAUGUUCCAGUGGAUUGGUGUAGUGGACAGGGAUAACCCUAGUGAUCAUGACUCUAUUCGUUGUACUGUCAUGGACGCAACCCACGCGGAUGGGGGUUUUGAAGGCUUGUUACGCGUCCACAGAGCACGAUUUCCGUCCAAGUAGUUGAGUGCAACAGAAUUGUUUUGGGCUGUCCUGGUUUAUUCUAUGGACCUAGCAUGUUACUGGAUGACUUCCCGUAGGAAUUAUUUGCAGGACACCAGACAAUUAAUUUGUGCCACCAAUAUAAGCGAACCUAAGCGAAGAUGGCCGGACAGCGGCU